ACGCCUUCGGCCUCCCUACGGCAUGGCGAGGAUCCAAGUCGCGGUUGUUUUCCUCAGCUGCGUCUGUGCCGUCUCCUCCUUCCACUCGCUGCCAUCCCUGGGCACUCCACUGGGUCGCAUCCGGACAGGUCGCACCAUGCAGGUACGGAUGAUGUCAGCUUCGGGGGAGGAGAUUCCAGAGGCAGUGAUUGAAGCGGAGAGGAAGGCUACCCCACUGAGACCCGUCAGGCUGCAGCUCUACACCGUCAUCGGAGGAGCAGCAGCAGCCGCUCCCGUCCUCCUCCUCUCCUCGGAACAGCUGCAAGUGAAGGCACUCAAGGACCUUGCGGAUAACAUCCCGAUCCUGUACAGCGCUCAGGUCACAGCAGCUCUCUCCGCCAUCGUCGCCUUCAGCUGCGCUUUCUUCUACAUUUCCGAAGAGCAAACGAGGAAGGAAAACCUGCAGAGGAUCAUGGCUCGCCUCGAAGAGCGGAGGGUGGAGGUGCAGGGAGCAAACAGGGAAGAGCGGAGGUACAAGGAGAGGGCGAGCAAGCGGGAGAAGCGAGCCAAGCAGACCGAGGUCAGCGCUCAGGAUAACAGUAUGGUGGAAGAGAAACGCGAAAAACAG